AACAAAUGGAUAGAAAAGAAGACUAUUAUUAGUGACAGCUGUCAAAAGUAGAAGGUGUAGUACUUAACCAAGUUUAUUGAAUAUUUUUGAAUUGAAAUUUGUUAAUUUUAAUAUACGUAAUGAAUGAAUACGGUUCUAGAUUAUUACCGCCUGCUAAAGAGACUAGUACUCGUGCUGCGUGUAAAAAAUGUGGCUACGCUGGUCAUUUAACAUAUCAGUGUCGAAAUUUUAUCAAAGUAGACCCAAAUAAGGAAAUAGUUUUGGAUGUAAGUAGCACUAGUAGUGAAUCAGACAUGGAUUACUUGACUCCCCUUACAGAACUUAGAGAGAAAGAAUUGAAGGAGAAAUUAAAAAAUACUAAAAAGAAAAAGAAACACAAGAAAAAAAGUAAAAAAAGAAAAAAUUAUACAUCGAGUGACGACGAGGAGGAAGAUGUUUCUAGUAGCAGCGAUGUUGACAAGAAAAAGAAGAGACACAAACACAAAAAAGAGAAGAAGCAUAAAAAGAUUAAGAAGAAAGAAAAAGACACUGAUUCCGAAUCUAAUAGUAAUUAGAUAAAUUGUGAUUGUUUUAGAUGUAUUUUUUUAUCAUAAACGUAAUUUUAAUAAUAGUGAAUUAAUUAAAAUCUGUUUGGUUUUUAAAAUAGGUAAUUUUCCCCAAAUUUCCAUCAACGGUUGUCUUCAUAUGCUAUUAAAUGUGUUUAAUAAACUAUUUUAAUAAUUAUUGUCAUUUAUUAUAAGUUAUAACUUUCGGAAUGAGAAUAAUGUGAAUUUGGAAAUUUGUAUAAAAGUACGUAAAUUUAACAUCUUGCUAUUUUGAAUAAUGAAGUUAGAAAAUAUACAAUGGUCUAUAAUAAACAUAUAUAUAUUAGGGUUUUUGAUAAUUUCACCCUUUAAGGGUAAAAGAGCAGUAUAGGGGUGAUAGAUUGGAUAAAAAUUGCUAUCAAAGAUAUGUGUUAUUGUUUUCUUUAAUGAUAAAGUUCGUCGUGGCUUCUAGGCAAAUUAGUUUUAAAAUUAAAUGUUACCAGAAUGUCUGUGUUGUCUUUCCUUUAUCGUAAAUUUAGAAUAAAAUUAAUUUUUAGAAUAUAAA